AUAGUCAUCGAUAUUUCUGCCCAUCGCCUGGACGAAAAGAAGACGCCGGCAAAAAGAAGCGAAAAUUUGUUUAACUGAAUUAAAGUCGCCGGAAAUCAGCAAGCAUGUCGUUUAAAGGCAAUCCCAAGGUGCAGAAGGUGAUGGUGCAGCCCAUCAACCUGAUCUUCCGUUACCUGCAGAACCGGUCCCGCGUGCAAGUCUGGCUAUACGAAAACAUAUCGCUGCGCAUCGAGGGCCACAUUGUGGGAUUCGAUGAGUACAUGAAUCUGGUGCUGGACGACGCCGAGGAAGUCUAUGUGAAGACCCGCCAGCGCCGCAACCUCGGAAGGAUCAUGCUCAAGGGCGACAACAUCACGCUCAUACAGAACGUCAGUCCCACGAAGGAGUAGGGGAUUUAGCACCCACCCUGCGACUCCUGCGAAUUCCACCUGCAAGCGCUGAACGCCCUUAAUAUAAGUAAAAUAAAUGUAAAGCCGAUAUCUGAAGACGAAUGUUCAAAUAAAUGGUAGACUUUCUGUA